ACUCCAUCCACCAUUUGCCCAAGCAACACCUGGGACGCCAUCCAUGGGCAUGCCAAUGGAGAAAGGCCAGGGACCGAGAAAAUCUGUGCCAGGUUGCUUUGGUUACCCAAUCAGCAUCUUCUUCAUAGUCAUCAAUGAAUUCUGUGAAAGAUUCUCCUACUAUGGAAUGCGAGCUGUGCUCGUUCUCUAUUUCAAGUAUUUUCUGCAAUGGUCUGAUAAUCUUUCUACAGAAAUUUACCAUACAUUUGUUGCUCUCUGCUACUUAACACCCAUCCUUGGAGCACUUGUAGCUGACUCCUACUUGGGAAAGUUCAAGACCAUUAUUUCCCUAUCCAUUGUAUACACUGUUGGGCAAGCAGUCUUGUCAAUAAGUUCCAUAAAUGAUCUGACAGAUGGCAACCGAGAUGGAGUCCCAGAUAUUGUUGCGAUUCCCGUUGUUCUUUCUAUGAUUGGCUUGGUUCUUAUUGCUCUCGGAACUGGUGGAAUCAAGCCGUGCGUAGCUGCGUUUGGAGGAGACCAGUUUGAAGAUCAUCAGGAAAAACAAAGAAGCCGGUUUUUCUCUAUAUUUUAUCUGUCCAUCAAUGCAGGAAGUCUUAUCUCCACCAUCAUCACCCCAAUUCUCAGAGGUGAAGAAUGUGGAAUUCAUGUCAAACAGAAAUGUUAUCCUCUAGCAUUUGGUGUUCCAGCUGCACUAAUGGCAAUUGCACUGUUUGUGUUCAUAGCUGGAAGUAGAAUGUACAAGAAAGUUGAACCUGAAGGCAAUGUAAUGGUCCAAGUCGGCAAAUGUAUUGCGUUUGCCAUCAAAAACAGAUUUAAAUAUCGUAGCAAAGAGUACCCCAAGAGGGAGCAUUGGUUGGACUGGGCUAGAGAGAAAUAUGCUAAACGUCUUAUCACUGAAAUCAAGAUGGUCAUGCGAGUGCUGUUCCUGUACAUUCCUCUUCCAAUGUUCUGGGCACUCUUUGAUCAGCAGGGAUCCAGAUGGACACUGCAAGCCACAACAAUGGAUGGAGAUUUUGGCCCUGUUCAGAUUCAGCCAGACCAGAUGCAGACCGUUAACCCAAUCCUCAUUGUUAUAAUGGUUCCAGUUGUAGAUAUGUUGGUUUAUCCUCUCAUUAAUAAAUGUCGCCUUAAUUUCACGCCUCUGAGGAAGAUGACAGUUGGCAUGCUUCUGGCUGCUUUGGCGUUCAUUGUCGCUGCUGUGGUGCAACGACAAAUAGAUACAACUCUCCCAACAUUUCCUGCAUUACAUGAGUACCAAAUAAAAGUAAUAAACUUGGGUAAUAGCAAUGCAACAGUUAAUUUUACUAGUGGAAGAUCUGUUGAUGUGACUUCUUUGGGAUCAACAGACUACCUCGAUUUUGACACUGCACACUUAUAUAACAUCAGCGUGACAUAUGGCGAUAAAACUAUAAGCAAGCCAUUUGCAUUUGAGGGAGAACAGCGUUACACCCUUGAAAUAACAGAUGUGGCUGAGAUCCAGGCUGAUCUGCUUGUGGAUGGUCUCACGGCAAAGCCAGAGCAAGGAAACAAUGAAAUCAGGUUUAUAAACAACUUGAAUUCAACCAUAAAUAUCACUAUGGGUGAUACCAAUUUUGGAGCAGUGGAGUAUUUCUCUGCCACCAAUUAUUCAUCUUUCCAAAGAGGAGAAAAAAGGAUUACAGUUAUGGUCCCAUUCAAUGGUCAGAGUUGUGAAGAACCGUCUCAGUUAUUUGGGUAUGGUAGUGCUUAUACCAUUAUAGUAGAAGGGUGUGAUGGCACUGGAUUGAGGGUCACGUACAGUGAAGAUAUUCCACCCAACUCUGUCAGUAUGGCUUGGCAAAUCCCGCAGUACUUCAUUAUUACUUGUGCCGAAGUUGUCUUCUCAGUCACUGGAUUAUCAUUUUCAUAUUCACAGGCACCCAACAAUAUGAAGUCUGUGUUGCAGGCUGGCUGGCUGUUAACAGUGGCAGUUGGCAACAUAAUUGUUCUUAUUAUAGCUGGAGCUACAACAAUUAGUGAACAGUGGGCAGAAUAUGUUCUGUUUGCAGGUUUGCUUGUUGCAGUGACCAUUAUUUUUGCCAUCAUGGCCUAUUUUUACACUUAUGUGGACCCAGCUGAGAUUGAAGCUCAACUUGUAGAGGAAGAAAAAAAAGAGAAAGAAAAGAACGAACCUGUUUUUAAAAAUGGAACUGGACCAGUUGCACAGACUCAGAUGUGAACCUAAAUUCAGGUCGAAUGUAAACUGCCAUCUAGUCAACUGCAUUCUUAGGUUGAGAUCAGAAGCACUACACUCUUGUCACUGGACAUCACAAGACUGAGAUGGAUAAAAAGUACAGUCAAACAGCACAUACUCUCUGGAGGUUUAAGAGCAGGAAAUCUGCUGUUGGAGAUGAAAAUGAGAAAGCCCAUAACCUCAUUCUCAGCAGAAUUUGCACUUCUUUAAAGAAUAAAGGAUCUGAAUCCAACUGCACUUGGCUAUGUUGAAAAGACUUUGAAAGUAUUAUUUUUAUACAGUGCACCUUUUAAUUUUAUAUUGUAGAAAAGCAAGUAUUCCCAGAUCAAGGUAUUUUCCCCAGGCAAUAUACAGCAGCAAGGGGUUUUUUUGUGCUGCCAUACAAAUAAUGAUUGUGUAAUAAAUGUAUUUCCCCCCUGAAAAUAUAGUAUCUGAGCCUGCUGAAUGAUAUCGCCCUAGUAUAAUGCCACAGAAGUCUUUCUUCAGCUGAUGUGCAAGAGCAACACUCUCAGGUAGCCAUUGUGGUGGAAGAGAAAAAAGAUUUGCUUUGUGAAGAAAAAGUGUGUAAAAUAAAACUUGAAUUGUAACAA